AUGACUUUAUGGGACUGUAUUGUGGUCGGUGGCGGCAUUGCCGGCUCCGUGGUUGCUUCAACAGGACCCAACCUCAAAAUUCUGCUCGUCGAAGCCGGCACCAACACCCACGCCGUCGAGAACAUUGAAUGGAUUGACAUGAACAAUGCCAUCGGUGGCGAAUACGACUGGGGGUUCUCUUGUGUUCCACAAACCCAUCUUGACAACCGGGAGAUCGUAUCCCCAGUCGGUAAGGGGCUCGGGGGUGGCACAAUUAUCAAUGGAGCUGCCUGGGCCCGCGGCCACAAGGUCGACUACGACAUUUGGGCUGAGAGAGUUGGCGACCCAAGAUGGAGUUAUGAAGGCCAACUUCCGUAUAUGAAGAAGACUGAAUCGCUUUUUGAUAAUUUCACCAACCCCCUUUCCCACGGGCACACUGGCCCUGUCAAAGUUCAGUCACCAGGAUCUACUGAUCAUGUUUUCCCCCUCCGCGAGCCCCUACUUGAGUCCUGGAAAGAGCUUGGCAUCGAUGCGCUUCCCCAGCUGGACAACAAUGCCGGGGACAACGUUGGUGUUGCAGAUCUCCAGGAGAACAGGGAUCAAGGCAAACGUCAACUUGCCUCGCUCGUGUACUCUCUCAAAGGCAUCACGGGUUUGACCGAUAGCUUGGUCGCCAAAGUCCUUGUGGAGAAGCACCCGAAAGAUGGUCACCUCGUCGCUCGCGGAGUCAGACUUGAGAAUGGGACCGAGAUUUUGGGAAGAAAGACCAUUCUGUCUGCAGGCGCGUACCGCACGCCACAGAUCCUGAUGCUUUCGGGGAUCGGCUCUGCGGAAACCUUGAAGAAGUUUGAUAUCCCGAUCCUUCUGGACCAACCAGCAAUUGGCCAGAACUUCCACGAUCAUGUUCUGAUCCCUACGAUCUGGCAAUUAAAGGACGCAUCUGCGAGAUACGCCAAAGAGUCCGGCAAUCCUAUUGUCAACCAGUCUCAUCAUGCAAUCGGGGCUUUCAUCGACUUUAUAACCGUCACUUCUCUCGAGAAAGAAGGUUUGGUUGUUGCCAUUGCUGAAGAUGAGGGAUCGGUCCCGGAUCCGACUGUGCACCCCUUGCUGAAGCAAGACCGCGCUCAUUCAUCUCACUUACUUCAGUACUCGGGGGUUUCAGCGGAUGGUUCAGCCGUCUUGAUGAUUUCGGUCGUCUUCAUUAUUCUGUCCGAGGGAAGAGAGGUGGUAGCUGGCGAGCUGGCGGCAGAGCCGUUGACAGUGAACUCUACAGACGAACAGAUCGAUGCUCGGGUGCGUGAGAUGGCAGCGGGAUGCUACCAUCCUGCGGGCACAGCCUCCAUGGUCACUGUUGUGGAUACAGACUUGCGCGUGAUUGGGGUAUCUGAUCUUCGUGUUGUUAAUACUUCAGUGUUUCCCGUCUCGGUUUCGGCUAACUUACAAGUGGCUGCCUACGCCCUGGCAGAGCAAGCUGCUGAGAUAAUUGGAUCCACCAUGAAGAAGUGCUAA